UUUAUAAUACAUAUGUUAAGCUUAGGAAAUUUAAUGGAAUUGAAUUUAAAAAUAGUGAUGUGUAUAUGCCUUAAAUUAAGUUCUGUUUAAAAGAGUGUACUUGUACUUUGACAUAAUGUGCAUUAUUUACUUGUCUUGUAGCAAUAUGCAAGAGGUGCUCAAUGGAACAUAAGAAGAAUGUCUCUCCAUCUUACAAUUUAGAGUUUGUGGAAGAACUUGAGUGGUGUGAACAAAUUUGUACAACAAUUAGAGGCAAAUGCACACAGUCAAAAAUUCAAGGUGAAUGUCUACAGUCGCACUUGGUGGAUACCCAAAUUGUUGAAAAUGAACAAGGAAUGGCAUUUGAGAUUCAGGAUAAAGACAGUGUACCAUGUUCACAAGAAAUUUUCACAGGGAGUUUAACUACAGACAUGGAGUUUGAGAUUUCCUCCACAGGUUCCUGUACCCCAUCCCUACCUUCUUCUCAGGACUGGUAUGAAAAGAACAAAACACCGAAAGAAAAACUAAAUGAAGCUUUGCAGAGACUUGCAGGAGAUCAGUUUCAACCUCUAAAGUCCCAGCUUACAAGACCUUGGUCUGAAUUAGCGAAGUCUGCAAAGUAUUACUAUAUCAGCAAGGCUAAAGAAGCUGUAAUGAUAGUUCUGUCCAUCAUUGCCCCAGGACAAGAAGACACCAUUCUUGCCAAAAUCUGUCCAACAUCUGAAAAUGAGAGCAAAGAAAUAGACAAAGCCACAAAACAGUUGAUAGAUGCCUAUCAUGCCACAUCAGACAGAAAAACACAACAGCAGAUCCUGUCAUUGUUUGUAAACAACUUUACAAAGCAAAAGCUUCUUCAGCUUAUACCAUCUCUUACACAGUCCAAAAUUGAUGCAGCUAGAAAACAUGCCUCAGUCAUAGGACCAGGACAAAUGCUGAAUCCACCAAAGAUAUACAGAGUACGUCUGACCAGACCAAAACUGCUGCAUUUUAUUGAAUAUGUAUCUAUGCCCUCAGUUUCCCAGGUUCUUGGUUUUGGUGCCACACAGCUACAUUUGUCAAGUGGAGAAAAGGUGCAGAUUCCAAAGGUCAUCAGAAAUGCUGUGAGUGCCAGAAUCAUUGCAAACUAUCAAGAGUAUUGCAAGGAAUCAGAUUUCCAAACUUUUAGCCGUGCUUCAUUGUACAGAAUCCUCAAAGCCUGUCAAGCAUCAAAAAGGAAAGCAAUGCAUGGACUUGACAACACCACAGCCCUUGGAAUGGAUGCCAUGGAGUCAUUACACAAGGUUGUGACACGACUUGGUGAAUACGGAAUGGAGACAGAGAAAAAAGAGAAUCUGAUUGACAUGAUCAACAUCUGUAAUCAGCAUUUGAAAUUUGAUGCAAAGAGUCAUUUUAGCAGAAGUUCAUCAUGCAGUGAUCAUUGUACAAUAUAUGCCCUGAGUGAUCCAGCAGACACAUGCUUUUCAAGUAAUUGUGACCAUGAACAUUCAGACACUUGCUCUUAUUGUGUUUUGACAGACAAACUUACAGAAUGCAUCAAGGAAGCCAUGGAAACAGUUCAAAUACCAUCUGAGGAUUUGAUGGAGGAAUUGCAGCAUGAAAUUGUCAUGACCACAAAAGCCAUCAAGGACUGGAAGGCUCAUCUUCUCAGAACUGUUCAUCAAGACUUUGCAAGAUCAGAUGUCUUACAACACCUUGACCUAAACCAAGGACUACUUAUAAUGGAUUGGGCCAUGAAAUUCCUUCCUGUCCAGUACAGAGAAACACAGUCAAAUUUCUUUGGAAAGAGGGGGAUUAGUUGGCAUAUAUCCUGUUUAAUUACCCAGAGGAGUGACCCUGAAGCAACAGCUAGCACCUUGCCAGACCAUUACGACUUGAACACCUUUAUCCAUAUCCUCGAGAAUGGAAAUCAAGGUUGGUUUUCUGUUGCUCAUAUCAUUAUGCACCUCCUUCCAACUCUGUCAGAGCAAUUUCCAAACCUUCAAGAGAUCUUCCUAAAGACAGACAAUGCUGGAUGCCACCACUGUACACCAUUAAUUUCAUUUGUCAGUCAGAAUUACUGCCAUUUUCCUAUUACCAUCAAAGAGUUCAACUUCAGUGAAGCACAAUCUGGGAAAGAUCUUUGUGACAGCAAAACUGGUUCCUGUCGAAUGCAUGUGGCCCGAUAUCUGGAUGAAGGAAAUGAUGUUCUGUCUGCCUCAGACUUGAAGAGAGCUUUAGAAAGGCAGAGGAACUAA